GUCGGUGUUUAGCAAAGAGGACAUGUAUUUAUAUCGCAAGAAAUUUUGCCGAGCAAGAGCCGUGCCACUCACAAAAGGGAAAACAAGCCCGAAGAUUCAGCCGGUCAUCCUUUGUAUCCUCAUUCUUACCAUCUCAUCACACAAAGUCAAAAAUGGCCACUGCCAAAGCUACCGUGAACACAAAGGCAUUGGGCAAUGGCCCUGUCCAAGUUGUCGAGCUGCCUGUCAUCAAGUAUUCUGCCUUGGUGGAUGGCAAUGCCGAUGAGGAGGCCAAGCUGUUCCAGGCAGCCAGCGUGGACGGCUUCUUUCAGCUUGAUCUGACCAACAGCUCUGCCAGCGCUACUGUCUUGGACAACUUGGAUGCUGUGUACAAGGUUGGCGAGGAGUACUUUGACCAGCCUGCGGCCAUCAAGGCCAAAGAUGAGCGUGUCCAGGACGCCAGCCUUGACAGAGGUUUCAAGACCAGCUCUUGCGAUGAGACUUUCGAGAUCUCUCGUGACGAGCUCAUUGCCAACCAGCCUGAGCUGCCUGCCGUCUUUCACGCCAAGAAGCAGCUCAUCACCGACUUCAGCAACGGUUUGGACGAGGCAUGCCGUGUCAUGCUCGACAGCCUCUCUACUUCUCUUGGUCUGACUGGUGGCGAGAGCCUUGCCAAGCACCACAAGGAGACCGAGUCGAGCGAGUCGGGUCUCAAGUUCAUCGAUGAGCCUACUCUGGCUCGUCUUGCCGAUGUUGGAGACAACCUUCACACUGACGGCGGCACCUUUACUGUCGUCUUCUGCGAAAAGGAUGGUCUCCAGACAUACCUGCCCAGCGUUGACCAGUGGGCCUUUGUUCCCCCCAAGGCCGGCUGUGCUGUUCUGAAUGUCGCCAAUGCGCUGUCCAAGAUGUCCGAGGGCAAGCUGCAUUCUCCUCAGCACCGCGUUACACAGAUGGAGGAUGGUGCUCAGCGCCGUAUUUACCUGUCCUACUUCCUUCGCCCUACUCAUGCGGCUAAGGCGGCAUUGAAGAUUUAAAAGAAAAGUUUUUGUCGGGGGUAAUUUCAGUCCAUGUUGGAGAUAUCUCGAUAGUUUAGGUAUUAAAAAGACAAAAUAUUAAACAAUUGGUUGCGCGUCUGU